AUGAAAAAAGAGGUUUCUCAUAACAAAGCAUUGUUAGAACUUGCAAUGUUGGAUUUCAAUCUUUUGCAAUGUUUGCACAAAAAGGAGCUUAGUGAAAUUAACAAGUGGUGGAAAGAAAUAGACUUUGUACAUAAAGUACCUUUUGUAAGAGAUAGGAUUGUGGAACUAUACCUUUGGAUAUUAGGAGUUUUUCAUGAACCUGAAUAUUAUUUUGCAAGAAAUAUUACAACCAAAGUCAUUGCCAUGGCCUCAGUUGCAGAUGAUAUUUAUGAUGCAUAUGGUACCUUUGAAGAGCUCGUGCUCCUUACUGAAUCAAUCGAUAGGUCUGUUUCGGACAUAUAUUAUUGUGGGACAUAUUAUAAAGUACUACUAAAUUGUUAUGAUGAAUUUGAGAAACAACUUGGAAAGGAAGAAAGUUACAAAGUUCACUAUGCAAAAGAAGCGAACCGCUUUUGUUUGGUAAAAAUUAUGCGUCUACUUCAUCGUCUGGCUGUGUCUAUUUCACCUGAGUUUAUUGCUCAAGAAGUGUUUUUAUCUGUUCCAGACAUUGACAAUACUCUUCGUAGUCUUAAAGUGCCUCAGUUUUGCAGUGCUUUUAAUGAUUUUUUGGAUUCUUACAAAAAGAAUAGGCAAAGAACGUUGCAAUUUGAGCAGAGGGUUUUGGCACAGUUGGCUCAACUUCGUGCAUCAUCUCUGGUAGAGUAUCUUGCCCCUCGCUCAUCUAUGCAGGGGGAGUCUGUUCCUUUAGUUCCGUCUUCUGCUCCUCCAGUCGUGUCUCAGGAUCCACCUUUGUCUCACUUUUUGAAGGUGCAAGAGAAAAGGUUGAAGAAGAAGAUGAGGAUUUCUGCCUGGUUUGAGCAACACAGAGAUCAAUUACCGUCUAUGGUGGAAAGCUACAUGAAGACAUAUGGGGUAUCAGAACAAGAGGCAUGUGAUGAACUCAAAAAGCAAGCGGUUAAUGCAUGGAAUGAAAUAAACAAAGAGUUUCUCAAGCCUAUUGUUGUGCCCUAUCUAAUCUUAAAUCUUGUUCUUAAUUUUUUGAGGGUAAUGGAUCUUCUCUACAAAGAUGGUGAUGGCUAUACACACGUCUGA